AUGUUUCAGCCAUUUCAGAAGACAGCCCUCGCCGGGGAAUGGAAUGCGCCAAGGCCUCGACAUAUGCGUCUUCUCGAAGGCGCUCUUGAUCGAGAAAUUUCGAUCAGACAACAGGUGGAGUUAUGGUCUCCUUUGGCAGAUCAAGGUUGGAAGCCUUGCACUGAAUCUUAUAGAGGAGGGCUUUCCUUGCCGGAGAAGUCUCUAGGGUUUCUUCAAGUGUUCCUUGACGGCGGACUAAAUCAACAAAGAAUGGGAAUAUGUGAUGCGGUUGCUGUUGCCAAGAUAUUGAAUGUUACACUUGUGAUUCCACGCCUUGAAGUAAAUCCUGUUUGGCAAGAUUCAAGUUCAUUCGCAGAUAUAUUUGAUGUGGACCACUUUUUAAGUAUCCUUAAAGACGAGGUGCAUAUUGUUAGAGAGCUGCCAACAGAGUACGCCUGGAGCACACGUGAUUAUUAUGCCACAGGUAUUCGAGCUACUAGGAUUAAGACUGCGCCUGGUCACGCUUCAGCAGAGUGGUAUGUGGAAAAUGUCUUGCCUGUUAUUCAGAGUUAUGGAAUCGCUGCUGUUGCCCCGUUCUCUCACCGUUUGGCAUUUGACAAUUUGCCUGAAAGUAUACAGCGGUUACGCUGUAAAGUAAAUUUUGAAGCAUUAAACUUUGUUCCUCAUAUACGGAAGCUAGGGGACGCUCUUGUGCACCGACUCAGAUCUCCUCCUUCCACCUCUCAGACAUCUGGAACAAUGGAUACAACAGACAGAAUAAAUACCAUCAUAAAAGCUGGAGCUGGAAAGUUUGUUGUGCUGCAUCUUCGUUUCGAUAAAGACAUGGCUGCUCAUUCAGGAUGUGACUUUGGAGGUGGUAAAGCAGAAAAACUUGCCCUGGCAAAAUACCGCCAAGUGAUUUGGCAAGGAAGGGUCUUGAAUUCCUUGCUCACAGAUGAGGAGCUAAGAAACAAAGGACGUUGCCCGUUGACACCAGAAGAGAUUGGUUUACUGCUUUCAGCUUUGGGUUUCAGUAACAACACCCGUCUCUAUCUAGCUUCACACCAGGUUUACGGAGGAGAAGCAAGAAUCUCAACUCUGCGUAAACUGUUUCCAGUAAUGGAAAACAAGAAAAGCUUAGCCUCUGUGGAGGAGCUGGCUGAUGUAGAAGGGAAAGCUUCUCUAAUGGCUGCAGUUGAUUACUACGUGAGUAUGAAGAGCGAUAUCUUCAUUUCUGCAUCUCCCGGGAAUAUGCACAACGCAUUGCUGGCACAUAGAGCUUACUUGAAUCUAAAGACCAUAAGGCCCAACAUGAUACUGUUAGGGCAGCUUUUAGUGAACAAGAGCUUAGAGUGGUCUGAGUUUGAAGGAGCUGUCUUGAAUGCGCACAAGAAUAGGCAAGGCCAGCUUCGUCUACGCAAGCAGAAGCAGUCUAUUUACACUUAUCCAGCUCCCGAUUGCAUGUGUAAAGUAGCUUUAGCUGCCCCCUGA